AUGGCAACUCCAUCUUCAACUACGAAAAAUCAACCACAAAAACGAAAAACUGAUGAACAAGAAUCAACUACAGGCUUCAUUGUAGACCUAAGUCCUAUCAAAAGGUCAAGAAAAAACAACGACUACUUUCGGGCUGUUUGCCAAACUGGGGCAAACAAGUACACUGACAUCGUAUCAUUUCGUCCAAGCAGCUAUGCUUAUUUCAAAGACGCUCAAGCAAAAAAGUCACCAAUGAAAUUUGAAAAUACGGCAAUAAUUCCAAACCUAGCAAAUUCGUCUGUCAAUGAUAUCAAAUUUCACCAACACUCCUCCCUGAAACCACUUAAGAAGCAACUGACAUUUAAAUACAACAAGCCUCAAUCUACUCUCAGUGCUCCUGACAUUGAAACCCUCCACUUAAAAGAGGUCGAAGAAAAGGCACCACAUCAAAAGGUCAGCAUCACUGCAAAACUGGUUAAAUUCCUGUCAGACACAACCCAGAAAGAGGUGUACAACAACGCCGUAAGCUGCAGAGAAGCGCUGCUAGCAGAUGAAACUGGCUUCAUGAAGGUUGUCUUGUGGGGCAAUAUAAUCGAGACUGUGACUGUCGACAAUGUUUACAAGUUUAGUGAACUUGGCGUGCGGACAACAAACCGAACCCAAACCAGACAUUUAACAACGACUCCGAAUACCAUUGUUACACGACUUGAUAUCGAUCUUAUCAUUGAGGAUACAGAACCCCAGGAAGAAAUUGAAAAAAUAACGGAUGCCACAAUAAAUCAGCUCAACAUUAACCUUCGCAAAGCAUGGCAAAAUUGUAAAGCUACAGUUCCCCCUGCCAUUGAUCUCUCUGCAUUCUCUUUCAAAUGUGCAAACUGCAAUAUGAGGCAACGAGUGUCAUCAGUUUUAACUCUAGUUCGUGCAAAUAUCGAUGUCACCAAAGAUGGAAAACUCUACAAACUGACAGCUUUUGAUGACACUGUAAUUUCACAUCUUGAGAACCAUGGUUUUGUAAUGCAAGCAGAUACAUCUGCAGAUGAUAUUGAAACGUACCUGCUCAGUCUGGACACGUUCAGUGAACUGACCUUCAGUAGCGAAAAUGUCAUUCUAACCAUCUUGUAGACUAUCAUGACUAGAAUGUGAUUUUCUUACAAACCAAUGCACUGUCGACAAGCAUGUGUCAAACUUCUUUUCUUCAUAUGUUACACAGUCAAACAAUUACACGCACUCUUAAUCUAGUGUCUUAUGAAAAGCUCGACCCCAUUCAACACUCAGUCAUACAACUAAUGCUUACAUGUUUGAACCCAGUUGCAUACAAAAGGAAAAUUGCCACUGCUUGUCCACAGUGAACAUUUCUUGAUACAUUUCAACUUCCAGCAAUUUUCUUCAGUCACUUUUUUACUGAAUUAAUUUCGUAAUGGCGAGAUACCUAUAGCAUUUUUACAGGUCUAAGAUACUUGUGAUAUCUCCCCAUUAGGUUACAGUCCCCCCUGCCAUUGAUCUCUCUGCAUUCUCUUUCAAAUGUGCGAACUGUGAUCUGAGGCAACGAGUGUCAUCAGUUUUAACUCUAGUUCAUGCAAAUAUCGAUGUCACCAAAGAUGGAAAACUCUACAAACUGACAGCUUUUGAUGACACUGUAAUUUCACAUCUUCAGAACCAUGGUUUUGUAAUGCAAGCAGAUACAUCUGCAGAUGAUAUUGAAGCAGAUACAUCUGCAGAUGAUAUUGAAGCAGAUACAUCUGCACAUGAUAUUGAAACGUACCUGCUCAGUCUUGACAC